GUAUGGACGAUAAGUGCAUUCUCUCUGAUAAUCAGGUAAAAGUUACGUUUGAAGCAUCUCGUGAAAAAUUUAUAGAAAUUCGAAGUCAAGCUUUAUUGCUCUUUGGCUUUAGGUCUCGUGCAAAAGAAAUGCCAGAUCUUAAAUCAGCUGUAAAGGCAAUCAAUCCAUAUAAAAGUAGUGGUUUUAUUACUCAAGAAGAAAUAAUGACUAGGAAGUUAGAUAAUCCUGAAUAUUGUCCUAUAGCUCCAGUUCUUCCAUCAUAUAAGCCAAAGAUGAGUAAUGAAAUUCAGGAUCUUUUUGAUUCUAUACCUAUUACCAAUAACACUACUUCAGAAUGCGUGAAGCAUAGAUCAUUUGACUUAUCUAGUGAUGCGAUUUAUGAAAAAGCUUUACCAUUAAGAAUGCCAACUCAAAAACAAUUAAUUGGUUCAGAUGAAGAGGAUCCUUCUCAAGAUAUAUGCCAUAUCGAUACUAUUAUUAGUGAAGCCAGCAUAGAUGAGAAAAAAAUACCCGAAUUAUUAAUUUCUCUAUCUUCAGAACUCCUUAUUAAAAACAAAUCGGAUAUUGAUACUCUUAUUCUUCUUUUACAGCAAAAAUUCCAAAU